AGAUAAUGAUAAGAAUAUAUUUGAAAAACGCUUUUCAAUUAUUGCUGUCGAAUUAAUCUCUUUCCUUCUUCCAAUUGAAUGUCUUGAUGGAUAUAAUUCGAGUAAAAAUUAUACUAAUUUUUAUAAGAAUUAUAAAUUUAUGAUGAUUCUAAAUUAACUAAAAGUUAAGGAGGUUAUUAAGUCUCAGGAUUUUUAGAUAAAUUAGCCUUUGAGUUACGACUUACUAGUAUAUUAGAAAUAUUUAAAUGGAAUAGAUAUAGCAGAGAUAAGUAAAGAUUCCAUAAAUGUUACUUCUUAUAAAGAAUAAAUAAUUAAUUUACGGUUCAUAUUAUUAUCCCUUUUAAUUUAGAUAUAUUAAAUAUAAUAAUUGUUAAAUACAAACAUUCAUCUUCCAUUCCUAUUAUUAAGAUAUUGUUUGAGUCAUUUUUUAUUAUAUAAGUUAAUUAUAGAAAUAAGAACAGAACCUGCUAUUAAUUGA